AUGUCGCUGAACCGCGUCCAGAGCAUCGAGACGCUUUCGGUCCUGCCGGGCCAUCAUCACGAGGGCCGCGAUAGGAGGGCGAGCGAUGCGAGUCUGAGGGUCCGCCGGUUGACGUUUAAUCCUGUGCCGCAGGACUACGAGACUGCGUCGUUGAGGCCGGACGAUCACCAUGCGGAGACGGUCGGAGCAUUCGAGGUUCCUGAGUGGAAGCGGUUGCUCUUUGGCUACGCUGCGAUCAAGCCCGUUCUCAAGCUCGAGGGCGCAUAUUCCGACGUUUGCAAGCUCAGCCACUAUGGAGACCACCAAAGCCUCAAUAGGGAUACAAAUGCCAUUGCCGACGAUCCUCAUGACACGUGCGUCGAGAUCCGGCUGAACCUCAUGUUCACCGUCGCCGCCGUCGGCACCAACGUUGCUGCUCUUCCCGUCGGUGCCAUCCUCGAUCAUUUUGGUCCCCGCGUGUGUGGCCUUCUGGGAUGUUUCUUCCUCGCCAUCGGCGCAUUACUCAUGGCGAAUGCUAAACAACUCCCGUUUGAUGCGCUGCUCCCAGGAUAUCUUUUCCUGGCUCUCGGAGGCCCGUUCACGUAUAUCUCGUCCUUCCAGCUAUCCAAUGCGUUUCCUCGGCACUCGGGUCUUAUCUUGGCGCUCAUGACGGGUGCCUUUGACUCCUCGAGCGCAUUGUUUCUCAUGUAUAGGCUUAUAUACAACGCCACCAACGGUGGAUUCACGCUGCACCGCUUCUUCCUCGUUUACUUGGUUGUCCCAGCUGUCAUUUUUGUCAGCCAGCUGCUUCUCAUGCCUGCGCAAUCUUACAAGACGGUCGGCGAACUCGUUGGUCAGGCUGCCGAGGCAGAUGAGGAUUCACUCAACGAUGAAGACAUGGGUACGCAGAUUGCGGAUGAUCAAGUCGACGAGCACACAGCGCUACUCCGCGAGGAACGGCGUGAGGAGAGACAGAGGCACAAGGCAGUGGUGCACGAUAUUGAGAACCUCCUCGGCUCGGCAACUGGAGAUCGCCAAGUCGAAGCCAAGGAGAGGCAGCAUGUUGCGUCUGGCGUCUGGGGUGUACUGCACGACCGCACCGUCCUUGAGCAGAUUCGGUCGCCCUGGUUCAUACUGAUUUGUCUCUUCACUGUGGUGCAGAUGACUCGGAUCAACUUCUUUGUCGCGACGAUUCGUCCACAGUACGAAGCUAUUUUCGGUGACCAUGAGCGUGCCGUAAGGAUCAAUACCUUCUUUGACGUUGCUCUUCCAGUGGGUGGACUCGUCUCGAUUCCUUUUAUCGGCACGGCUCUCGAUCAUGUCAGCACCGUUCUUGUCCUAGCGACGCUCGUCACUUGCGGCACACUCAUAGGUAUUCUCGGCGUGAUACCAUCCGACUGGGCAGCAUACUCUGGCGUCGUCCUUUUCGUCCUGUACCGUCCCUUCUACUACACGGCCGUAUCGGACUAUAGCGCCAAGGUCUUUGGCUUCCGGACCUUUGGGACAGUGUACGGCCUCAUCAUCUGUCUGUCAGGCCUCCUGAACUUUUCCCAGUCAGGCCUCGACGUUUUGUUUCACGAGACUUUCAACGGGAACCCUGUGCCCGUGGACAUCAUGCUUCUGCUCUUGGGACUUGUCAUUGGCGCUUCUCUUGUGGUAUUUGUGGCGAUACAGCUGCGAAACAUGAAUCUCAAGGCCAGGGCCGGGAUCUCGCAAUGA